AUGUUUUCUAUGGUUGUAUUUGGUGAAGAUUUGCAAACAUUAUUUAAUAAUGCAUCGGAGAAUUAUUAUUCGUUGAGUAGUCUUUUAACUGAUAAAGUUUGCGAAAAUCAUGUUGCCAUAUCAAAGAGAUCACAUUUAACUCGUUUCACUCAUAGAAUGCAUGCAAAAUAUGAAGAUUUUACAAAAUCAGGAAUUUAUUAUGCAAUUAUUUUGAAUUGUGACACUGAUAGUAGUCAAAAGUCAAUGACAAUUACCACUGGUACUAUCAGAUACACUAAUCCUUUUGGUCAAUUGAGUGCUGAACAAUAUAGUAAUCUUCCAUUUUAUGCUAUCAUGUCUAUUGCUACGUUCAGUAUUGGUAUCAUUUACAUUCUUUCAGUUCUUGGAUUUGAAAUUGAGUGCAAGAGACCUUUUGGAAUUCAAUUUAUUAAGAAAUUGUUAUUCUGGAGAAAGGAUACUACUAGGGAAACACAGGCUCCAAAGAAGAAACCAGAGAAACUUGUUGGAUCUUAUUCUAUUAUAGUCUGGAUUUGUGUUGUACUUUUAUUAUUCCUCUUUGAAAAUUCAUUCUCUUUUGCCAUGUAUCAAUAUAUUGAUAUGAAUGGAUUGAAUAGUAACUUUUUAUAUACAGGAGCUUCAUUAUUCCACAUGCUUAGAAAAUUGUUCAGCAGAGUAUUUAUUUUAUUGUUGUGCAUGGGGUAUGGAUCUAUCAGAGAUAUCAUUGGAGGUGUCAAGUCAAUUUUAAUAUGGACCUAUGCUUUUGUUUAUGCUAUGGCAGUUAUUGCAAGUGAAUUGGUAGAUAUGCUUUUCAUCAAAGUUCAUUUAAUGAGCCCAUUUGUUGCCAGUAUCCUAUCAACACCAAUCAUUUUCCUUGAUAUCAUUGCAUUCUUAUGGAUUAUUGGUGAACUCUUCACACUCAUGAAACAACUAAAGAGAAAGGGUCAAGGAGAUAGAUUAAGCGUAUUUAUUUCCCUCACAGUAACAAUUAUUUUCUAUUUUAUUGCUACUGUUGGUUGGGUUGUUUACUCUUACUUUAUUCUUGAUAACUCUGAUCAAUUCCAAUAUGAUAAGAGGUGGGAAACUAAUUGGACUGUUGGAGCUGUAUGGUCAAUUAUAUUUAUGGUUGUAAUGAUUGCUAUUAUGGUUAUCUUCAGAAAGAGUAACAUUAUUAAGGUCCAAAGAUUAGGAAUUGAAAAGGAACAAAAGUAUGCCCAACUUUCACAAAAUGAUGACGAAGAUCAAGAUGUCAAACAAAUUCAUGAAAAGUUAGAAAAUGAAGAAGAAUUAGAUGAAAUUAUUGACAGAAAAGUCCAAAAGAAGGAAUCGGUUGACACUAAACGACCAGGUUUUACAAUUGAUGAUAUUAGUGAAGAGGAAGAUGAUGGUGAUCUAGAAGCUGUUGUCAAAAACAACUAA